AUGGAGUCUAACAAGAAUCUUCAUAGCCAGACCAUCGAUGCAUUGCUGGCUGUUUUGGUGUUAUGGACACUCCUUUCUAAUGUCUAUAAAAAUUUAGUCCUGCCGUUUUUGGACAACUCCUCUAUCACUAGCGCUUCCACAAUGACUGAAAAGUUGGGAGUGUAUCCCCUCUUUUUCAUGUCCAACUGGCUUGAUGACUUGUUUAUUACUCUCUUCGGAGCAAGAUUUUAUUUAAAGCUCAAGCACCGUUGCAAAUCCACUACUGCCCCUGUCAUACUUCUUCUUGUACUCUUCCUAGACAGCUACCUUGUUUUCAUCCCUUAUUCGGUAAUAUUUCUUUCGUAUGACAUGCCUCAAGGAAGGGACAUCGGGCUAUUCGUUAUAGCAUGGCUCUACUUUGGCAACUUUAUUCCUUUUGUUGGCUCUUACACUUAUAACUUUGCAUGGCUUCCAGCGUUGCUUUUUCAAUGUCAGAUUAUAAUGACCCUUAUCUACUAUGUUUCUGCCGCUCGCGAAAUCUCCUUGGUAAGCGUCCUUUUUGUCGCCAUGGGUGUCUCUCUGUUUAUUUAUGUGACUCUAAGCGCAAUUUGCUAUUUCUCUCUCACCCUAACAAUUGAGUUCUUCAUGCCGGUGGUAUUUCAUAAUCCUCUUGCUGUAUUUCACAACUUUUCUCUUGGCUUUCUGAUAUCCUACAUGACGGAUGAUAAACGGCAUAGCUACCUUAAGAUAAAUUGUCACGGAAAGCCGAGUACCCAUGGGCCAGGGAGGAUGGAUUGCUUUAACACUUCUAUUCCGUUACCAAAGGAGUCUAAGAAUAUAGAUGAGAACGACGCAGUACAGAAGCCCUCUGAUGCUGUGCCAGUUUGUUCACCGUGUAACCCUGCGGCACAACCAGAACAUCCAGUUGACCCUGCGGAUUCACAAACCUUGGCUCUUCGUUUGUCCCCUGAACGCCAGCCCGGUGCAGCCGACCCUCCAUCUCCCGGUAGAGAUGAGCGUGUUGAGCAAUCUACUAAGCAAAGAGUCAAGUUUUGUUGCCCACGCAAGCCACGUCAUGUGGAAUCUAUGCUUUCUCAAAUUAGUCCACGACCUGGGAAUAACGAAAGUUGCGGAAGUGCUCGAUUUGUCCAGUCUACAAUGGAUGCUGCAUUUUGGCACCCAAGAGCCGCUAGAUACCGUCAGCGGUGCAAGUUCCUCUGCGAGAAAGUCAUCAAAGAAGAAAGUCAGUGGUUAUCCACCAAGCUCUACUCUCUCAUCUAUAAUCACCGCCGCUUCGGAGACAUGCUGGCGAUUAUCCUCAUCAUGACCAUUUACGGCACGUUCACGGCAAUAGGAACAGAGACGGGGCUUAUUUACAACCAAGUACCAAAUGAGACUUUAGGAACUUACCAGGAUAGCCCCAAUGUGGCAAGCUACGUUGUCCUUCUAUUGGCACGUAUAAUGGUCCCUGUUAUGUUCUCUACUGCCCUUUACUAUAUUAUGAUUUCCUCUACGUACGCCCUAGAGUGGCUCAUGCACCGUGUGUUUCUGACGUGGAUUGGAAAGAGUGCUCUUCCGAUUCUAUACAUACAACCAGUUAUCAUAAGCUUAAUAAGCAGCAACAUAGGCGCAAUAAAAAUAGGACCCUAUUCUAUCUCAAUUUUUCUUCUCUACCUUUUGGGCGGUGUAUUUGUUUGUAUACUAAUAGGCACGUGCACGAACACACUCAUGGAGGAGCUUGUCAGAGCCGUGAUGAGCAAGAGCUGGUCGUCCUUUGAUCGAUAUAAAGCUUCUCUCAUUGCAAAGAGAUACAGAAGACAGCUGAACGGGGAGAGGUAG